AUGGCCGAAGAGGUGGAUUACACGAAAUUACCACUUGAGGAGAAGUUGGAUCACAAAGUUUGGAAAGCUCGUUUGAGUGCAUAUGAAGACCUUUCUAAUCAAUUUGAAUCGUCGCGUAACGAUCAGGAUCCUGUGUUUACUAGUCAGUCACCUGAGCUAUUCAAAAGAAUUUUGACUGAUUCAAAUGUCGUGGCACAAGAGGCAGGGUACAGGGCCUUUAUGGAUUAUUUGAAAUAUGGAGGUAACGCGUCUGUAGUGGGCCGCCUUGUCAAAAGUAUUGGUAUCAUUCAACCAAUUUGUGAGAAAGGGUUAUCAUCAUCCAGGAAAGGUACAAAAGAUAGUGCGAUUGAGAGCAUUUUGAUAAUGGUUGAGUACAUUGAUACGCCUGAUAUAAUCAUUGAAGAGAUCAUUUUACAUCUUGGUAAUCGACUACCCAAAUUAGUUGCAGGUUGCGUGAUGGCAUUGGUUGCAAUCUACGACAAUUUUGGGUGCAAGGUGGUUUCACCAAAGCCUGUUCUUCCCUCAUUGGGUAAAUUAUUUGCACAUGCUGACAGAAAUGUUAGAUCAGAAACCACUAAAUUGGCAGUUGAAUUGUACAAAUGGAUGGGAAGCUCCUUGACCUCAAUCUUGUUUCCAGAUUUAAAACCAGUACAGCAAAAGGAUUUAACAUUGGCCUUUGAUGACGUCAAGGAUGAGAAACCGCAACAAAAAAGACUCACGAAAGCACAGAAGUAUGAAAUUGCCAAAGAAGAGGAGGCAAGUGCUGCAUCGAUGUCACAAGCGCACGGAAAAGAGGAUAUUGAAAUGAGUGAUGCUGCGUUAUCUGAUAAUAAUUUUGACCCACUUGAAUUUGUUGAGCCAGUAGAAGUAUUGAGCAAACUACCAAAUGAUUUUGAAAGCAGAGUGGCAUCAGCCAAGUGGAAAGACAGAGUCGAAGUAAUAGAGGAAGUUCAGUCUGUGUUAGAGAAAGCUCCCAAGUUGAUUGAGAGCGAUGACUAUGCCCCCCUCGUGAGAGUAUUUGCCAAGAAUAUGCGCGAUGCCAAUAUUCAAGUAGUCCAAUUAGCUGCAACGUGUGCAAACCACGUUGCAAAAGGUUUGCAAAAGAAUUGGCUAAAAUAUCAAUCAAUUAUUUUGGGGCUGGUAAUUGAAAGAACCAAGGAGAAAAAGCCCGCUGUAGCUAACGCGCUAGACUCAUUCUUGGACACAAUGUUUGCUAUAUCGGGGCUUAGUGGUCCAAUUCUUGAAGAGGCAGUGGCUGGAAUGAAACUCAAAGUGCCGCAAAACAAGAUUGCUUGCGCUAGCUUCCUUCAACGGUGUCUUGCAAAUACUACAAAAGCGCCAAAGUCGACUGAAAUAGAUUUGAUAAUGAAUACUGGUGUCAAGUUGCUUAGUGAUUCUCAAGAACCGAUUAGACAAGCAGCUACAGAAUUGAUAGGGACGUUAAUGAAAAUAACUGGUGAGAGGGAAUUGAAUAAAUUUCUUGAAAACACAGACGAUAAUCGAAGAGCAAAAAUCUUGAAAUUCUAUGAAUCAGUCGAGGUGAAAUGCUAUUUUUCACAAGCAGCUUCAGCUCCACCAUCUCGGGAUCCACCAGCAAAGAAGGCUUUUUCGUCUCGCACAACAUCGCUACAAGGUGGAGGAUUUGCAUCUAGCUCUUCCACAAUUCCAUCCAAGCGAGAAGCUAGCUCACCUGCAAAAAGGGUUGACGAUGUAAAGGCAACCAACUUAGGAAAAGGAUUAACAUCCAGGUCGUUGUCGAAGCCGACAUCUACGUCACUACGUUCUUCAAAAGUAGCAACCUCGGCAUCUCUUGCAAGCAAUCAUAUCAACUUGUCACACCCACUGGCAACCAUUGUUCAGAGUACACCACCAUCAUCCCACAUUGAAUAUGUCACCGACCCCAAAUUAGAACAAGAGUUGCAACAAUUGCGACAGGAAUUGAAAAGGUAUCAGCUGCAACAACAACAAGACCGAAAUUUAAUUGAACAACUCAAUACGGAGAACUUGACAUUGAAAGAAGAGAUCAAUUCACUUAACUCGCGACUUGAGCAAGAGAAGAGAUCAAGUUCAAUAACUAUCAGUCACAAAGAUACUCAAGUCAAUAAUUUGAAGAUAGAAUUGGAUAAAGUGAACCAUAAGAUUAAAGAUCUUGAAGCUGAAAGGGAGAUAAAUAAGUUGCAGCAGUCUAAUAAGUCCUACUUUGCCCAUGACCAACCUACCAUCAAUGACACAAAUUACAGGGAACCCGAUAUAAGAAGAGGCGUUCAUCGAUUAUCAAUCACCGAACAAGAUCAGUUUGUUCAGCCCACACAAGCUGAUGGUAGCGGAACAAUAGGCUACAAUCGAAGCUCAUUUCAUUCGAUCUCAAGCAAUAAGGAGAAAUUAAAUGUGGACGCUGGCGAUGAUUGGAAACGCGCUGCCGAAGUAACACAACAGUUGAAGAAGAGAAUUGAAAGAAUGAAGGCUAGAGCUAGAACUCCUUUGAAUGUUGAGUAA